UCAACGAGACUUUUUCACGUUUACUUCACAGUCACUUGUGCUUUGCUGUCGGAGUUACUGCGAGUUCCGGAAUCUCAGGAAUUUGGGCUGUUCGUCUCCUCAAGCUCCUGCGGUAGCGAACUGAAGAUUUUCUGCGACUGAAAGGUUUGGUUCGAGCUCAAAAUGUCUCAAGCUGAUAAAAUGAAGCAAGGACAGUUUACAAACCCAGAGACUCCUGGGUAUGUGGGAUUUGCGAAUUUGCCAAAUCAGGUACACCGGAAAUCAGUGAAAAAGGGCUUCGAGUUCACUCUCAUGGUGGUGGGCGAGUCGGGUUUGGGGAAGUCCACGCUGAUCAACAGUUUGUUCCUCACUGAUCUCUACCCAGAGAGGGUCAUCCCUGGUGCUGCAGAGAAGAUUGAGCGCACUGUUCAGAUCGAGGCCUCAACUGUGGAGAUCGAGGAGCGUGGAGUGAAGCUGCGUCUCACUGUGGUCGACACGCCUGGAUACGGUGAUGCCAUCAACAGCCAGGACUGUUUUAACACCAUUAUCUCCUACAUUGAUGACCAGUUUGAGCACUACCUGCAUGAUGAGAGUGGACUCAACCGCAGGCACAUUGUGGACAACCGUGUGCACUGCUGCUUCUACUUCAUUUCCCCUCUGGGUCACGGGAUGAAGCCUCUAGAUGUCCAAUUCAUGAAGGCCAUUCACAACAAAGUGAAUGUCGUUCCUGUUAUUGCUAAAGCAGAUACGCUGACACUGAGGGAGAGAGAGAGACUCAAGCGCAGAAUUCUGGAUGAAAUCGAUGAGCAUGGCAUCAAGAUCUAUCACCUCCCUGAUGCCGAGUCUGAUGAGGAUGAAGAUUUCAAAGAGCAGACCCGGAUUCUCAAGGCCAGCAUACCGUUUGCCGUGGUGGGAUCCAACCAGCAGAUUGAGGCUAAGGGGAAGAAAGUGAGGGGGCGUCUGUACCCAUGGGGUGUGGUGGAGGUAGAAAACCCAGAACACAAUGACUUCCUCAAACUUCGCACUAUGCUAAUCACCCACAUGCAGGACCUGCAAGAAGUCACUCAGGACCUUCACUACGAGAACUUCCGCUCCGAGCGCCUCAAACGGGGCGGCAGGUUGUCCUCCCAUGGUUACAUUCUGCCUCUGUUGCCUGCGAAAGGUCCGGAGCCAGAGGAAAUGGACAAGGAUGUAAUCUUACAGGAGAAGGACGCUGAGCUGAGACGGAUGCAGGAGAUGAUCGCUAAGAUGCAGGCGCAGAUGCAGAAACACGGAGAUGGAGAUUGAGAUGGCCCACACCUGUGAGAAACCCGACGCAGACCUGUCAUUCGAGCUUGACCCAGUCAGACACGGAACGAGAGGAAGUGUUGCUAAAAGUGGAGAAAGAGGAGUGACUGGUCCUUAGCUCACCUUGCUUGCCAUUUUCUUAGUUUCUUUCACUCUUGUAUGAUUAAAUGUGUUUUGUCAAUUUUUUUAAAAGCAGUAUUAAGUGUUGUUUUUUUUUUUUUUUUUUUAUGCUGUUCCUGAUAUUCAUUUUUUUUUCAGUUCCAGUAACCAAAAAUUAAGAGCAACCAUUAGUAAUUUAGAAAACCAAAUCUGUUACGAAAGCCAAAUGCUGCUGAGAAGGAAUCUUCUACUGUAGAGCACCUUUAUUAGUAGUGACCACUCAAAUUCAUUUCUGUCCCAUCUAGCUUAAAUAACACUGUGAAAAUACAAGCAGCUGUUGAAUUUGA